UUGCGACGAGGCCAAGUGCAGCUCCUACGAGCAGUGCGUGAUCAAUCGUUAUGGCAUCGCCACCUGCGAAUGCGGUCCCGAAUGCGAGCCGGUGAUGCGGCCGAUAUGCGCCCGCGGUGGUACCACUUACACGUCCAUGUGCGAGCUGAAGAGACAGGCGUGUCUGGAGAAGAGUAACAUCGAGGUCGCCUAUGCAGGCACGUGCGGCUCUAGGGGACCCUGCUCGGAGAAGGUAUGUCAAUGGGGCGCAAUCUGCGCGGAAAACGGCGGCAACGCGGUAUGCGAGUGUCCGACUUGUCCGGCAGAAUUUCAACCGGUCUGCGGCGAUGACGGCAUCAGCUAUGGCAACGAGUGCAAGCUGCGCCUGGAGGCGUGUCAGCAUCGACGGGAGAUACGCGUUCUGUAUCAAGGACUGUGCAACGGUUGCGAGAACAAGAAGUGCGAGUUCUACGGCGAGUGCGAGAGCGACAGCGCCGGGGAGGCCAAGUGCGUCUGCCCGUCCAAAUGUGAGACCAACGUGAAAGAAACCGCCGGGAUAAAGGAACCAACCGAGAAGGUUUGCGGAUCCGAUGGGGUGACCUACGAUAACGAGUGCGCCUUGAAAAAAGCGUCGUGCACAAGCCAGACUCUCAUCACCAUUAGCUACGUGGGUGACUGCGAGCUGUGCGCAAGGGUGGAGUGCGAACACGGGGCGCACUGCGUGGCGGGUGUGUGCGUGUGCCCAAAGGUUUGUCCGGAGAGCAGCGGGGAGCUCGUUUGCGGUAGCGACGCGAAAACUUACCAGUCCGAGUGCGAGCUGCAGCGCGCGGCCUGCGGUAGGGACCCCAAGUUGCCGGCGUUGCACGUCACGUUUUACGGGGACUGCGGCGACAGAUUCGCCGUGGCGGCACUGAGCAUGGAAGUGAAGCCUUGCAACGGUGACCCUCCGAUAGCAGAUGCCGAUGGCAAAGAAUACGACUGCGGUAGCGGACCAGAACGUAAAGACUGCCCUAGCAAUAGUUACUGCCAUCAGACGACGCGAUUUGCUCGUUGCUGUAAAAAAGUCCAAGGGAUCCAGGUGGUAAAGUGCGCGGAUUCGUGGCACGGCUGCUGCCCGGACGGGAAGACCGCCGCUCUUGGCCCGGACAACGCCGGCUGUCCGAGCUUGUGCAACUGCAAUAGACUUGGCAGCGUGUCCGACACCUGCAACCCGGAAACCGGUCAAUGCGAAUGUAGGCCAGGUGUGGGUGGUCUCAAGUGCGAUAGAUGUAUGCCGGGUUACUGGGGACUGCCGAAGAUUAGCGAGGGUCAUCAGGGAUGCAUACCAUGCGGCUGCUCGCUAUUUGGCUCUGUCAGAGAGGACUGCGAGCAGAUGACGGGACGUUGCGUCUGCAAGCCCGACAUUCAAGGGCAAAAAUGCACGAUCUGCAACGACCACAACAAAAUACUCACGCCUACCGGAUGUUACUCAGCCGAUACGAUACCGCCCAUUCCGACGUCCUGCAACGAGCUGGAAUGCUACUCGGGCGGCCACUGCUCGGAGAUCGGCAACGCGCACUGCAUCUGCCCGUCCUCCUGCCCCGCGGACAUACCGGCCGUGCCGGUCUGCGGCAGCGACGGGCAGACCUACGACAACGAAUGCGAGCUACGGCUGUACGCGUGUCGCCACCAGGCCGACGUGGUCACGCAGGCCUUCGGCCACUGCAGAGGAGUAGCCACGGCGAAUCGACCGACGCCGGCGACGAUUCGAGUGGUCACCGCUCUGUUGGGUGAUCUUUGCACGGACGACAAGGACUGCACGAUACCCAACAGCGAGUGCUCCAAUGGCGGCUGCAUCUGUUCCGAGGGCUACGCGGAAACCAGCGAUCGACAGGAAUGUUUUGCCAAUUACGUGCCGGUGACACCGACCGAGGAAUUUCGCGCGUGCCUCUCGUACCCGUGUCACAUGACCUCCACAUGCAUCGACCUGCCGAGCGCGACUUUCGUCUGCGUGUGCCGGCCAAAUUACACCGGGCUGCUGUGUGACGAGGAGAUCAACAAAAGAGAUUACGAGGUGCCCUCCUUUGACGGCAAAAGUUACGUCAGGAUGAACCGGCUGAAAGCGUAUCACAAAUUCAGCAUCGAGGUCGAGUUCAAAACGUACGCGGACAACGGCAUCAUACUGUACAAUCAGCAGAAGAACGACGGCACCGGCGACUUUGUUUCGCUGGCCAUUGUCGACGGAUACGUGCAAUUCAGGUACAACUUGGGAAACGGGCCCGUGAUACUCACGUCGCCGGAAAAGGUGAUUAUGAAGACCUUCCAUCGAGUGGCGGCCAAGAGAUAUCACAAGGACGGAGUCCUGAUCUUCAACGACGGUGAGGACGUGGCCGGACAGAGUCAGGGGAUGCUGAAAUCCUUGGAUCUAAAUCAAGACACCUUCAUUGGGAACAUGCCGAGCAAUUACACCAAGGUGUACGACAACAUCGGCACCAACCACGGGCUGCUCGGCUGCAUACGCAAGCUGAAGAUCAAUCGGAUCCACGUGGACCUCCAUAUGGGUCGCGACAAAGACGUGCUCGAGAGCUACCGCGUGAAGGAAUGCGGCGAUAACGCGUGUGCCAAUCUACCCUGCCAGAACGGCGCGACUUGCCAACCGAUCUUCGAGGAGGAUCUGUGCAACGGUCGUGAAUGCAGGAGGUUGCAGAAACGAGGUAGAGGCAGGAACAGGGGUGGUGGCAACGGCAACAAAGGUGGGGUGAACAUUGUCAGGUGCAGAGGUACUCACUGCACCUCGAUCGACCCGGGAAAAGGAGGCUCGAAGAGAAGUGCGAGGAGACGCUGCGCUACCAACAAGUGCGACUACGAUUACGAGUUCGAGUACGAGAACAAUUACGAGCACGGCAAUUACGCGGUGGAGAAGUACGAGCCGCCGGAUUACAGAUGCAUUUGUCCGCCGCAAUUCACCGGUCGCAACUGCGAGGAGUCACUGGACCCGUGCAUCGGCGAGCCCUGCCAGCAUGGUGCUACUUGUGACAUUCUGCCGCAGGGAGGUUACGUGUGCAAAUGUCCCCCUGGCAGGACCGGCGAACAUUGUGAGAUCUUGGACGCCGAAUUGACGGAACUAUUGAUACCCGAGAUGUCGGGCAACGGAUAUCUGGAGCUGCCGUGCUUGGAAGGCGUCGCGAAAGCGUUCUCCAUUGAGCUCUGGUUCCUCACUCACGCGAGCGACGGUCUCUUACUUUACAACGGCCAGCUGAACAACGCCAAGGGCGAUUUCAUCAGUCUGAACUUGGUACACGGCAGGCUGGAAUUUAGAUUCAAUCUCGGCAGCGGCAUCGCGAACAUCACAUCACCCGAUCCGGUCAGUCUGGACACCUGGCACUGCGUGAGAAUCAGCAGACUCGGUAGAGAGGGGGUGCUUCAGCUCGACGACGGCACAGUCGCCAGAGGACUAUCCGGAAGUCCUCUCACCGAGCUGAAUCUGGAAAUGCCGCUUUACGUCGGUGGCGUCAAACACUGGCGAGAAGUACAUCGCCUGGCCGGGGCGUGGACCGGAUUGGUGGGUGCCGUGCAGAGACUAAUGGUAAACGGCAAAACAUAUCAGAACCUCGCGGUGAAUGUUACUCAACACAACACGGAGAUUUACGACGGUCUACCGUGCCCCAGCAACGAGAACCCUUGCCACAAUGGCGGGGUCUGCCUUCCACUUCUGAACAGUUAUCUCUGCAAGUGCGCCAGCGGUUACAACGGCUUGCACUGCGAAUUCUUUAUGGGCUACGAUGUUUCCGGCACCGAGAUUUCGGAGCGGCCGGUGCGAUUCGAGGGCGACAACUUCCUGCAGUUCAAGCAUCGCUACGGAAGAAGACGCAGGGGGCAGCAAUCGAAUAAGUUCGAGCUGCGUCUAAGGACCAUACAUUCUGAUGGACUGAUUGCGUGGGUGGGCAGAGGAAAGAUCGAGCACCUCAUCUUGUCCCUCCACAACGGACAUGUGGUGCUCACUUACAAGAGUAAGACCGAGCAGAUAUCCGUAAAGAGCAGAGAGAGAGUAGACGACGGGAUCUUCCAUCACAUUCGAGCAUCCCGGCGCCGGAAAGCGUCGACAGUGCAAAUCGACGAGUACACACCCGUGAAGGUCGCGACGGAGACGACGUUACUGACGACCAACGGCAAGCUCUUCGUCGGCGGCAAGCCGGGCCAUCGCGGCAUCAAAGGCUGCGUGACUGACUUCAUCGUCGACAAGCGGCGGUUGCAGCUGGCCAGACGGCGGAUCGAGUUCUGCCACGACAACGACGUAUGAUAACGAACCCCGAGCCCGACGAUCGUCGCCCACGUCGCGACGCCAACGUCCGAGGAGUCCGUCGACCUGACGACGCAGCCAUCGUCAACGACGACAAGUUAAUGCGCGUGAACUUCUACGCUCACUCGCGUCCGAUUGAAAUCGACGAUCGUCGCCGAACGGUGCUACCGACCGCAACAACAACGAAUCACGCGAACCCAUCGCCUUCGGUAAGCCCGGUCGACCUGGUGAAUGCCUCCGCUGCCGAGACGGACUGUGAACUCGACGUGACCGUUCGUGGAAAGAAAGUGUAGAAGAACCGCGUGUUCGAGCCAAUCGCCGAACGCGUUGAUUCCUGCCAAGGUGAGGCACGAAGAAGAGCAUUCGUGAACAGUGUUGGUGGACCGCAUCGAAGCCUCAACGCGUCUCAGAGAGAAGAAGCGGGAAGCCUGCUCGGAACUUUGAUACUACGUCUAUCGCAAGGAUUCUCCGGCUGAGGACUGAACGCAGGACUGAGGAUCGGCGGACCUAGGCGGAACUUUUCCUCCCUUACCUCACCAAAACACUAUAUUCCCGAACGAGCGGGAGUUUGCACCUGCCGAAACACGAAGAACCCGGACCAAGAACCAAGAAUUCCUCGCUCUGAUCGAGGCCUCCGAGCUGUACUACCACGCACCGAGCACGAUCUGAAGUAACGAGGACAAAUUCACCCGCAUUCACGUUCGAUACGGGCGGAAAGUCGCAAAUGGAAGUCGCAGGCGCAGACGAGAAGCGGAAAAAAACGAGCUUCCACUUCGAAAUACCGCGAAAUAUCGUUCCCGGGGUUCACGAAGCCGCACACCGCACAGAAUCCGAAAUCAUGAAACCCGCGACUUAGUCGUCGUCCAGUGAUAACAAGAUCAAGUGCUCUUAUUCUGUAACUUUUAAAGCAUGCGUUACAAACUUUUGCGCGGACAAAAUGUAUCACAGGAUAGCUGCGCAACGUUAACAAUUUGCGAAAUUGUCGUUACAAGUUACAGAAUAAGGCCCGAGCGAAGCGGAGAGACUCGCUCGCACGUUUGCCACCGUGCGCUCGAGGAUGCUUCGUGCGCGCACCGCCAUUCUCACACCAUCCAGUAAUUCAACAGGAUACGGAAUAAGAAGUAUAGUAGUGUAUCGACCGCGAUAUUAUUACGGUACUCACACGGAUCACGAAUCAACCACAGUUGAGAGACGGAUGGGCGGACAGGAGGGAGGGAGGGAGGAUCGUUCGAGGAUCCGAUCGAUCGCUUCACCUUAUCGUCCACGUGCGAUCGAUGAGAGAGGGACGGGGGAGGAAACACCAAAAAAGAUCGAUCGUCCCGGUUCGUCACGUGGAUAGACGAAGGGUGAUUGGAAGGGCAGCGGCGAGUUACAAGUGCUACACACUACGUUUUCAUCGAAAGACAAUAAUAUAUUUUUAAGGUGGCGUAAUUUAAGGUAUACAUUUGAAUAUGGUAUGUACGUGUGAAUUUAUCUGUAUACGUGUGUGUGUGUGUGUGUGUACGUGGCGCGUGUGUGUGGCGGACACGCACGAACAGCGCGGAUUUAACGCGAAGGACAAUGAAGACGCGCGUGUCACGCAGGAUCCUCUUCUCUCCCCUCUGUCACGGGAGAGCCCUCGUUGUUAGAGAGUUUACUCUGUAAGUUGUAACCCGAAGCACCUAAUAAGCGUUUACGAUGCCAAGACUGACUUAUAAAAGAGCGGACGGGCGGGCGGACGAACGGGCGGAAUAAAACUACUACGACGACGAGAGAAGCGAGAGGUGAAAGGAAUAUAAAAAAGGGAAAAAUGAACAAAAAAAAAUGAACAAAAAAGAUAAAUCGGUGUUAUGUUUGAGUGUUCGGUAGAGAGAUUUAAUGACCGUGAAUUUUUCCAGAAUAGAGGAAUGUAUUUUAAAGGACUUGUUGAUUUAUUCGCCAGUAUAUAGUAGACGAACUCAUACACACGACGUGUUGUUUUUAGGUAGGGGAGGCUUUUUACGAAGAAAAAAUAAU